AAUUCUAUAAAACGCGUUAAGGAUAUCUAUUGCAUUACGUCUGUUAUUACUGUAACCAAGUAAUCGCAUUAAUCGAAGUUCGCGGCGCUGAUUGCUGCGUGUAACAUUCCAAGUUUUUACGAAUUUAUAUGUAAGUAGAGUAUUUAUUUAUUAUUAGGUACUUAUUGACUUUUUUUUAAUAUCAUAUAAUUAGUAUUUAAUGUGUUUAAUUACUACAAUAUCGAGGUGAAAAAUAAAGUUGACUUAGUGUAUUAACGUUUAGUUUCAAUAACUAUAUACUUAGUUGUUUUUAAAAUGUAUUUUACUUGUUAUAGUAACUACAAGUAAAGAGUGACUUUCAACUAGUUUUUUACAUUUGUUACUACAUUAAGUAAAAAGUAAAAAAAACAAUUCAGAAUAAUACGUAUUUAAAUAUCUUUUCCGAAAAGUAUUCAAUAUUUCAACAUAGUAUUCAAAUACAAAUAAAGAAUUAAAAUACAUUUAUUUGAACAUUUUACAAACUGCUUUCAACUGAUUUGAGUCGUCAUCAUUCCAUAUAAAAUUAAACCAAAUCGUUGUCAGAAAAUCAAACACGUAUUAUUAGAAUCGCAUAAUAUUGUACUAAGUUUCGAUAACAAUAAUUAUUUUAUGACAACAAAAAAAUAUUAUCAAAAUCCAUUAUAAAACUAUAAAAAAAUAUAAUAUACGCAUAGUUGAUGAUGUGAAAACAUUUAAAUGUAGACAAUAAAUACAAUCUUAAAUUUAAUUUUUAGAUAAUUAUUAUUUUAUACUGUUAACUUAAGAUAAGUACUGCAGUAUACUAUAACUGUAAUAAUACUUGUAUAAUAGUUGUUUGUAUUUUAACUUUUGACGCGAAUGUUUGACAAUCCGGAUAACGUUUAAAUAAUUACUAAACAACGAGUAUAUCAUGAAUUAUAAUUAUAUUAAUUGUAUAAAUUAAUUUGUCGCGUUUAUAUUUUAAUAAUUUAAGUAUACCAAUUUUCGUUUUUAUCGUCCAAGUUAAUCUAUACAAAUAAUAUAUUAUAUUGUGUUUAUAGUUAGUUACGUAUCACUCCUACACUUCUAUUGCGUGUAAUAAUUGGACGUAUUCAAUUUUUGUUUUUACAAAAGAAAAAAUAAUAAUUUACACCAUCACUGGUGAUACCAUUCGUGUAUCAAAUAAUAAUGAUAAUUACAAUUGUAAUUUUAUGUGUAUUUAAAAUGUAUUUAAAUACAAAUAUAAUCAAUCAAAAAUUAUAUGCAAUAUCAAUUUAAUAUCAAUAUUAAUAAUAUUAUCGAUGCUGUAUAAAAAUAUUACAUACAAAUCACGUACCUGCCUAUCUAUUUACCUGGUUACCUGGUUGUUAUAAAAUUAAGUGGGAAUGAAAAAAUUGUUCGGGGUAGAAAUGUAGCGUGGAAAACAUUAUUAUUUUAUUUUAUCGUUUUCAAUUUUUUGGAUUUUGAAUGCAGCAAUCAGGAAUGUAUUAGUUUAGCUAGUUACGUUUAUUGUAAUUUGGUUAAAAAUAAUAUUGUACGAGCUAGAAAUGUUCACAAAAUAUUUAUAUUAACCUGUCUGGUUGUAUUACAACUUCCAAGUUAAUUAUAGGCAUUUAUCAUUUUAUUUUAUAACAUUUUCGAGUGUUUUUAGUUUGUAUUUGGAUGAAAUUGCUUUGGCCGAACAGAAAUAUUUGAAAAUUUAAUACGAGAUUCAUUUAAGUCGUAUUUAGUGUCCCAAAAAAAAAGUCGAGUAUAUAGUAAAUUUUCUUUUUAUACGCAUUUUCAAUUCAAAUUUCGUAAAAUAUUUCGUAAAAAAUCGUAAAAUAUUAUGGCAUUACAAAACAUAUAUUUCCGACUUCACUUAGAAUCAUACUUCGUUAGCAAUCAUUUACCAUUGUGUAUAGAUGUAAACUAAAUAACUUUAUUUAUCCUACCAUCUCAGCUUCCUAUCUACAAUAGUACUAGCAUAAUAUUCAUCUGCAGUAUAAGUUUUUGUUUUAACCUACUGUAACUUUUCGAAUCAUUUUCAUCUGAAAAUUGUGUAAUAGGUAUUUUAUCUAUAAAAUCAAUUUCAAAGACUUAUUAGUUUGAUUUACGUGAACAUUUUUUUGUUGUAUUGUUCGUUAGAAAACCAGAGACGAUAAAUGUCUAUAAUAAAUGUUUUGGAUCGUUUAAUGUUCAUUUACAAUAAUUAUAGCCAAUGUAGGUAAUAGUAAUUAAAAAUCAAACACUUAUUACGGUUGGAUGUUUUCAGAUAACCAAAAUACGUAGCAGUCAAUCUGAUAAUAUAGUUCGUAAAUAAUACCUAAAAAUAAUAGUAAAUCGAUAGUUUUAGUAGUUGGAUAUUUAUUAAUCAGAUUAGACUAUUUUAGAUUUGUUAGACAUGUAAUUUGUCAAGUUAUAAUUAUUGUACCUAUCAAACGCAUAUUAACAAUUAUUAUAAACUCAAUCCCGGAUAAACAAUAUGAAACUCAAUCGAACAUUUUCGGAUAGUUUGUAUUAUUGUAAUGCACAAAUAUUGGACUUUUUACAAGCGAAACAGACGUAAAACUCAUGUUGUAUGAAUCGCAAACCUGAUUACCGUACCUACGACUAUGAAAGUCAUAAUAUAUCCACGCACAUAAAAAUAAUGCUUAUAUUAUUCUUGUCUAAAGAAAUUAACUAAUUAGUAUACUAAUUGAAAAAUCGUUUCAUUUACAAAUUAAUAUAUUAGGCACUUAUCGCGUAAUAACUGUUAUAAGUAUAGUUAUCGACCUUCGAAUCUAAUAUCAUUUCACGGGUGUCGUAACCUAAACGAAAAUAACUAGAUCAAUUUUGUUCUAAACGUCACGUGUUUCACGUCAAGUGGCUACAAUAAAAUUAUAUUAGAAUAUAAUUAACCACGCGUGUUGUUGUUAAACAGCUUAACAGAUACAUAACUACCUACCUAUCUCACCCACUCGUAUUUUGAAAAAAAAAAAAUUAUUAUUUAUCAUUAUUGCGUGCGAUUAAGAUCGUCUGGAGAUACAUGUUUUAGCAGUAUGUUUUUCUAGGGAAUAUAGGACAUAUCGGGUGAUUUAUUUAAGUGGGUAUACUCAUUAUCUCGUAAAGUAUAAACUUUUUCCGGAAUUUGUUUUUUAGAGUAUUUAAGAAAUAAGCUGCUCUACAAUUUUAUAUUUAUACUAUUCUUUGUCACCUUUAUUUUUGGGGAUAAAACCGCUACCUAUUUUUGAUUUUCAAUUGGCAACCUAUAUUAAAAAGUCCAUAAAUAGAUGGAGAACUAGUUAAAAUCAAUUUGAGUGUUAAUUUUUUUAUUUCUGUCUGGCCGUUAAUGAGAUACUCCACUUUUAAUUUUAGGUUGGAGGAAAGAAGUAGUGGAUUAAUAACACGCCGAGUGCCGUAUUGCCAUACAAAUGACAGUCCACUAAUCUCCUCCAACCCAAACUUACAACAAAGUCCAAAAAAAGUAAAUACUUUCAGAGAUAAUGAGUGUACCCACUUAAGGGAAUCAUUCGGUAUAUUUUCUAGGGAACAUGGUCUAUCUGCAAAUAGAUUGGGUGAUUCGUAUGGUUAUUAUUUUACAUUGGUCGAUGUAUGCCUUUAGUAGUUACCGAGUGGUAAGCCUCCGGGAACUGGACGUAAGUCACGAUCUAUGAACUCUUCAUUUAUCCCAGUAGUUUUCAACCUCUUACGAAACCCUAAUUUUUUUUUUUUUUUGCAAGGCGAUCACUCUAAAAAUUAUUUAAUAGAACUUCACUACUGCUACACACACUACAUAGUAUACAUGAUAUUUAUGGUUUUUGGUAACCACCCCCAAACUAUCAAUAGUGACCUCUCUGGGGGUUACAACUCCAAAAUUGAAAACCAUAGAUCUAUCAUAUGUAUAGAUAUUAAUAUAAUAUGUAGGUAUAUUUUUUAUAUUUUAUUCUACAUAGUCCAUUAACUAGGUGUUUAUUUGAUAUUUCACAAAUAGAUCUUACCAUGGGUCGAGCUCGCGGUACUCUAUGGUGGUGGAUAAUAUAAUCCAUUAACAGUGCCCAUUUCAUUGAGAAUUACCCAACUCGUGUAUUAUAUAACCAAUACUAUAUAUACUAUAUAGGAAUUCAAAGGUACUGUAUAGGUAAUAUCGGCAAUCGUCGAUUAAUUAUAAUACGUAUAUUAUGUCUACUCGUUUAAACGCCAGAAGAUAAAAAAAACAUUUGUUUGUUUCUCUCGCAACUGCAUAUUAAGCUUUUAAUACUUACGUAGGCAUGUCAAAUAUCAAUAAAAAAAAAAUCAAGACUAUAUUUUUUUUUCUUUAUUACAAAAUGAUAACAUUUUACGAGAGUUUAUUGUAUGUAUCAUCAAAAUUACCUACUUAUACCUUACUUCCGAGUCUUUAUUCAGAACGAUAUAUUAGGAUAAACACAAAAAACAUUAAUACCCAAUAGCUUUUGAUUUGGGCUUUUGAAUUGUUAAUGACAUAUAACUAUACAUUUUGUUUUCUUUCUCCUUAUAUUCCUAACACUAUUUAAUAAUUUAAUUUUAAUCAUACGAUUAUUGUUUUUCUCGAUCGCACAUUAAUUUUGAUACAAACUGUACCCCCAGUACAAAUUUAGCUCAUAGCGGGUGUUGCAAUAUUGUAGUCUUAUUACUUGAAAAUAUGUACACGUAAUAUUAUUGUUGCGAUAUAUUUAUUAUUAUGAAACACAAACACCUGAACGGGACGUGCCACCCAAUAAUUAUGUAUAAUAUUAAUAAAAUUAUAUUGUAUACGUGAUAUAUAAAGCGUUUCGUAUUGUUUUUGAAUAAAACCGGUAUCUGUAUAUUGUACUAAAGGCGUUACCAUUAAAAUAGAACACAAUUACUAAUUAUUUUUAUCAAAACAUCGCGUCGUACGGACGUGUGCUAUAUCAUACUCCCAAUAUAAUAUAAUUGCGAUGAGAACAGAUUAAAUAUCUAUAGUCUUAUCAAAAGGCCACCGAAAAGAAUUAAAUCGUUACGUCAGGAGAAUUAAUUUGUCGUUAAACGGUAUCGGUACCAACCGAAUUUGGUAUAUCACGUAUAUAUAUAAAUUUAUAUAUUAAUGAGGUACUAUUCAAGAUUGCAGUAAUAUAAGUGCUGUUCAGUUGCAUCGUAACAGUCCCAAGUCGAACAUCACCAUCGUAGAGUCGUACACUUCUUUAUAACAAUUGUGAGUUCAAUUAUAUACAGGGUGAUCCACUAAGCGUGCAUAUCCCAUUUUUUUGGUUAAAUUUUGCAUGUGUUCAAAUUCUUAUUUUUGGAGUUUUCAAGUUUAGUGAAAGUCUAUAUUUUUGAAUACUUAGAUUUUUCAAAGGAGUAACCUGUGGCGAUACCAACUUUGGUUAUUUUAAUGAGAACCUAUAUUAAAAAUUCUAUAAAUAGACGAAAUAUUACUUUAAAUAAAUGUUGGUGUCAACAUUUUUGAUUUCUGUCAUCUCGUUAACGAGAUAUUUCACUUUUAAGUAUAGGCAGGGGGAGAGUAGUGGAAUUUUAUUUGUGUGGCGGCAUGACACGUGACGUUUCAUUAAUGGUUCACUACUGUCCCCUCACCUAAACUUAAAAGUGAAAUAUCUCGUCAACGGGUUAACGUAAAUCAAAUAUUUUAGCACCAACAUUUAUUUUAAGUAAUACUGCGUCUAUUUAUGGAAAUUUUAAUGUAGGUUCUCAUUUGAAAAAACAAAGUUGGUAUCGCCACAGUACACUCCUUAAAUGUUGUGAAAAAUCUAAGUAAUCGAAAUUAUUGAAUUUAACUAAGUAUACUAAAAAAUUCCGAAAAUUUAGAAUUUGAAUGUAUGUAAAAUUUAACAAAAAAAUGGGGUGAAGACGUUUAGAGAAUCAUCUUUUAUAGGUAUGUAUGGUAGAGACGACAACAUUACGUGAACGAUAUUUAAGUUAUUAAAGUUUUAACUCUUAUAGAAAUUCUUGUUUUUCUUUCCCAAACGAUUAUUUUUGUGGUUUCUAAUAAUAUUUUCUUACCUACUAUGAUCGUUUUUUGGUUUUUUUUUUUUUAAUCAUUCCAUAUUAUAGGUACUAUUUUAUCGUCCGCAAACUCGCUGAAAUAAAUUUAAAUCCCGAUUGAAGUGUAUACGUGAACCAGAUCGCGAGUUAUUUUCUCAUUUUAUGGUGUAAUAUACCUAUAUAGUGUUUGUAUACCUACUAUACCUAUUAUUAUUGUAUACAUAAUUUUUUUUUAUGUUUUUCCAACUCAAAAGCAAUGAUUAGUCAUUUUAUUUGACAGAUGAUUUUUAGCAGAAAUGUCAAUUCAAUAAAUUAUUAUGGCGACGGCGUGCUCGUAAAAGACAAUCCUGAAUAACGAUUUUCUAGAUUUUGAACCCCGAUCAUAUAAUAUUUGAGUACAUACAUUUGUAUACUAUUUUAGAAUGAAAAAUAAUAGUCUCAGCUAUACCUAUGUAAAUCGACAAACCGUUAAUAUUUUUAGUUAACAUAAAAUGUAAUACAAUUAUUUUUUGGUACAUUAAUUAAUUUUAUUUUGAUAUUUAUGUUCAUUCAGCUCAACGUACAUUAUUAAACCAAUAGACGUGAUCAUGUAUACAUUUAUCUAUACUGGUACACUUGUAUUAUUUUCAGAUAUGAUCUUUGAUAUCACACAAAAAUGUCAAUUUUGCAAAAUCGUAGUUCUCAGUUAUUCAAGUACACAAGACUUUUCAACAAUGUCAGUGUCUCACGGUUAAACUCGACCGUCAAAGCUACAUCGUCGGCCGAAGUGAUCGAACGAGAAAGAAAAGUGUCCGCAAAUAAUUAUGAUCCCCUUUCCGUGGUCAUAUCUAGAGGAGAAGGUACAUAAUAAUAUUUUAACAUAAAAUUGAAUAUAUACAUACUACAAAAAAGAUAAACCUAAUUAAAAGACAUAUGUGUACAUUGAAAAUGCAAUAAUUAAUAUUGACUUGUACGUGCUCAGGUGUUUUUAUGUGGGAUGUUGAGGGUAAGAAGUAUUACGACUUUUUGGGUGGAUUCGCCACAUUGAAUCAAGGUCACUGUCAUCCGAAAAUUCUCAAAGCUAUGUUAGAUCAAGUACAAAUUCUUCAUCAUACAUCGAGAGCCAUAUUUCACGACUCUCUGUACGAACUCAAUGAGUUUCUGACUAAACAAUUUGGUUUUGACAAAGUUUUGAACAUGAAUACCGGUAAGAAAAUUAAUAUACCUAAUUGGUACCUAAUAUGUCUGUUACUAUAUUUUUAUAAUUUAUAAUAUAAAAUUAACAAUUUUCAAGUUUGAAAUUUUUAAUAUAACGGUCUUAAAAAAUAUGCCAGUAUUUUUGAUAUAUUAAUUUUUGUAGGCGUGGAAGGAGGAGAAACCAGUAUUAAGAUUGCAAGAAAAUGGGGAUAUAGAGUGAAAAAGAUCCCGGAAAAUCAAGCUCAAGUUGUGUUUGCCCAUGGUAACUUCUGGGGACGUACAAUUGCAGCCAUUUCUGCGUCCACGGACCCUAACUCGUUCAACGAAUUCGGACCUCAUGUUCCCGGAUACCAAAUUGUGCCUUACGACGAUUUAGGAAAACUUGAAGUAAGUUCGAAACAAAAUCAUUCUAUCACAAUAUUGAUUUUGAAGAUAACCCAAUUGAUUUAAAAUUUUAAAAAGCGAAUGUUUUGAUGAAUCAAAUUAGAAAUUCACUAUUAACUAUUGUUGAUUUAGGUACCAAUCACGCAAUUCGUUUUGCGUUGAUUUCUGUAUUUUUUUAAUACUCAUACAAUAAAAAUUAUUCUAAAAUGUGUACGGAUGAUCUUAAAAUGUGUUCCUAAAGAAUUUAGUAGUUAUUAAAAGUCGUAUUUUGCGUUAUUAUAUAUAGCAAGCUUUGAGGAAUCCCAAUGUGUGCGCCUUCAUGGUAGAGCCGGUACAAGGUGAAGCAGGAGCCGUAGUGCCCACCAUGGGAUACUUGAAAGGAGUGCGUGAACUGUGUACCAAAUACAACGUCCUUUGGGUCGACGACGAGGUCCAAGCCGGUUUAGGUAGGACCGGAAAAAUGUUGGCGGUCGACUACGAAGACGUAAAACCCGACUUGUUGAUCCUCGGCAAAGCUCUCUCCGGCGGAGUUUAUCCGGUCAGUAAUUAUUAAUUAUUAUACCGUAAACCGUUACGUUACGGAAAACAAAAAUAUGAUCAAAUGACGGUUAUACAUUAGGUAUAUGAAUACAAAUUCUCCAUUUUCGCAAUAGAUUUCCGCUGUAUUGGGUAACCGAGAAGUGAUGGACGUGCUCACACCCGGUACACACGGAUCCACUUACGGUGGAAACGCAUUGGCGUGCAAAAUCGCGUUGGCCGCAUUGGACGUGAUCAUCAACGAUGGUUUAAUCGACAAUGCUUACAAGAUGGGCGAGAUUUUCAGAAACGAACUGACCGCUCGUCUCGACAAAGAAAAGGUCGUACAGGUCCGCGGAAGAGGACUCUUGAACGCGAUCGUACUGAACCCAAGUAUGUUUUUUUUCAUAUUAUAUUCGAUACAUCUCGAAGGGUAGUUUAACUUACCACUAAAACAAUACAAUAUAUUUAACAUUUCAUUCCUCUAACUUCAUUGGGGGCGCUUUUAUCACUAUAAGUCGGUUAAGCAAACACAAUUCCCGAUUUUGAGCGCAUUUGAUCCAAGGAACUGCUGGAAAGUGAAAUAAGUAACAGGAAGAAGAUUAUAAGUCAAUAUUUUCGAUACAUGUUUUCAUUAAUCACUAUUUAUAUAUAAAUUGGCACAAUAAUUUUGACCCGAUGCAUUUUGAACUUCAAACAAUUGCCGUGUGUAAAAAUAUAUACAAGACACGUAAUUGUAAUAAUAUUGUAUUUCUUUUACGUUUUUAGAAACCGUAACGGACGUUUACAAAUUGUGUGGUGAUAUGAAAUCCAACGGACUGGUAUCCAAACCUAUUGGUAGCAGUGCAUUGAGAUUCUCACCAGCAUUGAUAAUUACUGAAACUCAACUCCGCGAAGGAAUCGACAUUAUUGUAAAGACUAUAAACAACUUUUAAUUAACUUAUUACUCGUAAAUUAUUUAUGAACGUACAAAAUAAAAUAACUCACUCAUGUAUUUUAUUGAAUAAAAAAAUUGAAUAAAAAAUAAUAAGUGUUUUUUUCUUUUGGCUUAAAAACGGAAUGCAGAAACGAAUCUGUUACUUUUAUCUUUUUGAUCGUUAUUUUAAUUUAAUAUUUUUUUUUAAAAAAAGUUAUUGUGAUAUUUUUAUGUACAUUUUUUUCAAAAGAAAAAAGAACAAGGAACUAUUUAAUUUUUGUACUUUCGUGCCUAUUUUUAAUAAAUCAUUUUAUUGAUAUUCUUUUUUCAUUGUACUUAUAGUUAAUUUUAAACUAUGAAUUUAGAAACUCGAUAGGAAAAUUAUUUUUUACCAUCAUAAAAAUUAUAUUUGUACCAUAUUGAAAAUACAUAACUGUAAUAACUGUACAAUAUUUAUACGGGCGAAGACUUUGUCGGAAAAAAAAAAUCUAUUACCAUUAGUCCGAUUAGUACUUCGAUUUUUAUAGUAAAAUGCUUAAUGCAUAUAUAUUGCAGAGAUAAUAAACAUAUAAUUAUUAUUGAAGUUGAUCGAGAUUCUACGAACGUGUUAUACCCCGUCUUACAACCAAUAAUCCUUUAGCUUAUCUCUAUGUCCAUCGCCAAAAUAGUAAAAUUUGGCCCAUCACCUCCAAUAGCUUCUCUAUACAUUUUUACUACAUCUUUCACACCGCGGUGUUUACAACUUGUCUCAUUGUAAUCAGGGUUUUGGUUUUUGCGUGCAUGAUAUCCAAUCUAUCACAGUCUUUCUUUAUCAAUACAAAUUAUUAAAAUAUUCGAAAUUUUUUAGAAA